GCCGUCUAUUGCUCAAAUGAAACUUAUGACAAACUAAAUUCACUUUCAAGAGUGAAAAAUGUCUCAGACUCCGUGAAUUGUUGCCCAUCUCCUAAAUAUUUGGUCAUAUUUUCAAUUUCUUUUACCAUUUCCAAGCCACAGGGGGUGGCUCAACUAACCCUCUGUCUCAUCUUACCCCACUCUCCCCUAUGCAAAGACAAAUUUCUUCUUUUUUUUCUUUUAAAGGUGAAAAUAAAUGAAAAAUCGUCUGUUCAGUUUGUCUAGAAAUGGUCUUUUUCUGCCUCCUCGGUGUGGAGGUCCUGUGCAUGCAGAGCAGGGAAGGUGAAGGGUUAAUUUGUGGCCGGGGAAACCUGAUGCUAAUUAAGUCUUAGGAAUGCCACAUACUGACAAUGUAGUGCAGGAGCCCUCAGAGUGGCUCAGACAUGGAGAGAGCCAGCACUUAUACGUGAGUCUGAUGGUUUUAUUCCUUGCUGACAGUCCGGGAAACCAGUCUCAUCAAACCCCUGAGCUGAAGGUAAUUGAGGACCGGGGGUCUCUGCGUCAAGAAGCGUAAAGUUUGAGUUUGGACAAAGUGGAUUUAAUCUCAAAAGAGACGACCAGUGAUGGACUUUAAGACUUUUUAGAGGAUUUUUCCUGAUUUGGGAAUCAAAAAGCUUCACUUGCAUUUUUCUUUGCUCGCAGGAGGAGAGGAGGGGGAGAGAUAACUUGACGCAAAAUGGUUUUAGUAUCACCGGCGCUGUUGCUGCUGCUCUCUUGGGUAUCACUGCAAGCUGUCGCAGAGAUUUGCCGCGGGACGCACUGCUACGGCGCGGAGACAGGCGAUCCACGACCGUGCACGGGAGCGCACUGUCCGGGGAGCAGAUCUUCCAGACCGCCUCGACAGUUCAACCCCGCAACACAACAGGGCAGAUCUGCGCAUUUAGUCGGCGGUCAACAUCAUGCAUACCAGACUCAUCCAAGGGCGGCAUCGGACGCUUAUCCGGCUGUGAAGCCUCUGCGCGGGCGGCACGGUGACAGCAGCAGCGGCACACGGAUGAGAGCGCCUGAAGUUUCUCCUGCAGGGUGCACCGAUCCAGACUGUGCCGCCCUUGUGAAGCAAUUUCAGCCCACAAAUGACACCCGAGAGUGCAGAGGGAUCGAGUGCAGGCUGCCGGUGAGGAUACGGCCAAAAGCUCGGGUGAAGUCCUGUGUGGGAGAGGGAUGUCUGGUCGGGUCAGAGGAGAGCGUCUCCUCAUCCUCCUCCUCCGCCAGCCAGCUUCCUCCUCUCCAUCUGUCCGACAGAGCCGCGCAGUUUCUGGGAGAUUUUCCCGAGCUGGGAUAUCCGUCGCCGGAACUUGGCAGCGCGCCUUUGGGUGUCCAACUCACAUGUGACAUCAAACCAGGUCUGCUUUUACCAUCAUGUCAUGAAAAAUGCUGUAGGCUCACAGUGGGUUUUAGCCUCGUAAAGUUGUGCAAAAUGUCCCUCAAGCCCCAGUCCAACCACUGUGAGACAUUUCUGGAGAAGCUGCAUGUGUAACCAUUUGGAUAAUUAUUGACUUUAACCUCAUUUCACCCGCUCAUGACCAAAAAGGGAGUAAUGGUCUGAAAGUAAGGGGAGAUUUUGUUGACCUUCAGUCCAGAAUGAUAUCUGCAAAGCAACCAGAUCAACUCAACUGUAAAAAUGUCUCUGAGGCAAUUGUGCAGAAAAUGUGGAGAGCUUUGAUGCUGGUCCAUAAAGGAAACUUUCAUUACACUCACAGUGGCUGGACCAGUUGAAUAGGUUCACUGAGUGUUCACACACUGUUGGAGUAUUUUAGACAUCUGUGCCAGCGAUAAUCUUUACAUUUCUUCCUCUAACGCUGUGAUUAUUAAGAGAUUAUUAUGCUCCAAUGCUAUUUUUCUGCCUAUUCUGAUCUGAGUACGAUAGAAACAGAAGAUUCCUAUACUGCAUUCAAUAUUUGCCAUCAUUUAAAGGGAUAUUCCGGUGUAGAAUUAAGUUAGGGUCAAACACACUGUAAUACCGAGUUAGACACAUCCUAGAGAGAUGAAUGUUGCCGACCGCUUGCUUCUCUAGUUAUACCAACUUUAGUAACGACCACACGAUAGCAAUACAGAGAGCCACGCCACAACCAAAACGCCGCUCUAUAGCAACAAAUAAUGCUCAGAACAGCACCUAACGUCAUCAACAGGACAUAUAGGGUCACAGCCACCAAACAUCUUUUUAACUUUGCCUGAUUUCUUUAGCAAAGACAUUAAACACAACUCACCUACUCUCUUCCAGCAGCCGCUUGUUUGUUCGGAGACCUCCAGGCAAGUCCAUUACAGACUACAGUGGGGUGUCGCAGCUCAAGGAAGAACAUUUAUGAUCAUUUCUUCAUGAAAAUGCAAUCAGGCCGAGACGCUAAAGCAGAACUACAAGUGCAAAAUGAUUAACAUGAUGAUUUUUACUUCAAGGAAAUGAUAAAGUAAUGAUCAUAAAUGUUCUUCCUUGAGCUGCGUCACCCCGCUGUAGUCUGUAAUGGACUGGCUCGAGGUCUCGCUACAAACAAGCAGCUGCUUGGAGAGAGUAGGUGAGUUGUGUUUAGUCUCUUUGCUAAAGAAAUCAGGCAGUUAAAAGAUGUUUGGUGGCUAGUACUAUGGCCGGGACCCUAUAUGUCCUGUUGGUAUAACUAGAGAAGCAAGCGGUCGGCAACAUUAAUCUCUUGAGGGGGUGUUUAACUCUGUGUUAUGGUGUGUUUGAUCCUAAAUUAAUUUUACACCGGAAUAUCCCUUUAAUGGCUUUAAACUGUACUCCCCACCUGAUAUGAUGACUGCUCAAUACAUCCAGGCUCACCAUUAGAGAAGAAGUGGCUAAGUUUUUGGAGCACACCCCCUUCCACUGAGCCAUGUGUCUGCUGCUGCUGCACAGAUGGAUCAAUUAGUAACACGCCUGUUUUUGUGUUUGGUGAUUAGCUGCGUGAAAUUCAAACAAAUCCAAACAAGAUGAGAUGAUUGGAGGCGCUCAGAAGGAUUCGUUCUGUUUGACAUUUUUGGUGGACCUUUCUUGACCUGCAGAAUUAGCUUUUUUGGCCUUGAAGGACACCGUUACUCCACUAAAGGAAAGAGUGAGCAAGGGAGUGUUUCAGUUUAAAAUCUGACAACUAGAUAUCCUGUAAUAGUCCCAUCUCUGCUCAGUGUACCUUUAAUUUCCCUUGAGGAUUGUUGUUGUGGACUCUGUUCUGCAGGCACACAAACAAUAAAAAUCAUUUACAUCCCAUAAUAAUCUGCAGAAAACUCAAUGCAGGUUCAACAAUACAGAAACCCGAGUGACAGCAGCCACACAGUGACAUACUGCAUGAUAAUUUAGACAGAUACAGAGAAAUUGUAUCAGUAUUUCUAUUAAUUAGACAUUAACCGAACACGUCUCUUAUUCUACUUGAUUUGCCUCUCAGGGGAGAAUGAAGUUCCCUCAGAAGACGCCCUCAUCUUGCACCUCCAGCUGGCUAAAGGACAGGAGAAACUGGUGGAGGCCAUGCGAGCUCAGCAGGUCGUCAUCCGAGACCUGCAGCAGAAGCUGGCCGACCAACAGGAGGCUCUACUGUCGCAGCAGAGGGAGAUCCUGGAGCAGCAGCAGCGCAUGUACGAGCAGAUGGAUGUGGUGAAAGCGCAGUACGGCGUCCUCUCGGACACCAUCAAACAAGUUUCCUUCCAGGGUCUGCAGGGCGAGCUGCAGAGCUACUUUGAGAGCCACCUGGCGGGGCUGCAGAGCCAGGCCCGCAGCCACCUGCAGAAAUCUUACGCUGUGCACAAAAUGGACAUGGAUGCGAAGGUGAUGGAUGUAGUCGGAGAGGCUCAUUUUCCUCAACCUCUGCUGGGGUGCCCUUCACCGUGUGGGCAGGAGGAGUUCUGUGAUUUUCAGAGGGAUCCACCUCAGUGUGAGAAGUGCACAAUGUGUCCACCGGGCUUCUUCUUGAUCUCACAGUGUUCCCCGACUGCAGACAGGAUGUGCCAGGUACUGUUAUCGAAAUAAAAACAUGUCUGUAUUUUUAGUAGACAAACUUUCUCACUUUUAUCUUCGCCGUCUUUGGAGUGAGAAAACCAACUCCACUGCAGAUCUAAACAUCAAUCAGUAUGUUUGCAUUAUGCACAAGAAAGUUAUGUAUUAGUCCAAGUGAGGCCAGACUUUUAAAAUAUUAUCGGCAUAAUAUCAGUUUUGACAGAUAACAACUGUCAGCAGAUAUGGAAAAGGUGAUGUGAUAACAGCUCACAUGUGUUGGAUGUAUAGAAGUGUUGGAGACAGACAGCAGGAGCAUUAGUAAAUGUUUAAGUAAAAAUAACACAUUUAUCGUCUCUGAUUUAAAAACAGACAAAGAAGACAAAGAGCAUUUGAUUCUAAUAAAUCAAGUAACAGGUGAAUUUUGAUAGAGGUGAAACUUUGUGUUCUUUACAAUGAAAAAACAUGAGCAUGUAUCAACAUCAAGUAUCAGCUGAAUAAGUUUGAACAUAAAGGCAGAUCAGAUAUCUGCAAAAAUCUAAUAUCAUGUAUCCUCUACUUGUGUGUAAAUAAUAAUAAUAAUAAUAAAAAUAAAGUAUCAGAUUUUUUAUUGCGCUUUUUGUCAGAGACCCUCAAAGCGCUUUACAUUGGAUACAUCAUUCAUUCGCUCACUCAAUCACGCCCUGGUGGUGGUAAACUACCUUAGUAGUCACAGCUGCUCUGGGCCAGACUGACGGAAACGUGGCUGCCAGUUUGCGCCUAUAGCCUCUCCGACCACCACCACACAACACUCACAAUCAUACACCAGUGGAGGACACACACUGGGAGUAAAGUGAUAUAAGUGUCUUGCCCAAGGACACAACGGACAGACUGGGGAUAGGGGGGAAUAGAACCGCCAACCUUCCAGUUAUUGGACGACCGCUCUACCUCCUGAGCUGCUGCUGUCUCAUUUGUACCAACAGUCAAGUAUGGGUGCUUUCUGUAAAGUUGUCCACGUUUUUUUCCAGUGAACAUGCAACUUGUUAGCCUUUUGCUAACUUGUUUGCUGACUGUUUUGGUAUGGUCUCAAGGCAACUGGCUAAAGGAGGACAUAUUAUCACCGACCAUAGCAGAUAUACUUUUAUCAAUAAUCCAUUCUCAAUAAUCCAAGGUUGGAUAGUUGUAUUUGCAACUAUUAGUGGUUGUUUCAGUCUGUGUUUUUUAGGCAUUUGACAAAGUUGUUGAAACAACAAGGCUGUUUUCCAGCCGUGGCUCAUGACUGAUGAGACACUCAAAAGAGAAACAUGGAUCCACAUCUAUAUUUGUCAUUUUCAAGUUUAUUAAUGUCAUACAGAAUAUCCAUUAAUGUGAAUAAUGAUGUAGGUACACACUUCAAAAUACAUUUACUACAAGGUGAACCCUCGUCUAAGCAGUUAAAAGAUAUUAUUCAUGAUGGUAAUUUAAGGUUUUGUGUAUUACAGGACAGAGAUGAAUGCCUUGAGUUACCAAACAUCUGUGGAGAGCGAGUGAAGUGUCUCAAUACUCCAGGUGAGCUCAGAAAAUUGCUUAUUUUGUGUGAUUGAUGCAGUUUAUCUAGUGACUGUAGAUAGUGUGAAAAAACAAGAACAAAUCAUGCAUAAUCACACCACAUUUGUACUCUUCUAGGAGGCUUCAGGUGUCUGGGAGUCUCCGAGAGAGAGGCAGCGACGGGUCUCUGUGGUCACGACUACUUCUACAACCAGGAGCUGCAGGAGUGUCAGGCCUGCUCGGACUGUGAUGGAGAGCCUGUCGCUGUUUCCUGCACAGCUAUCAGCGACGCCGUCUGCGGCCAGCCCUCAGAGAGCCGGCUCUCCCAGACCUGGGUCGCCAAUGUGGCUGUUCCUUCUGCCAGCCCCUCUGGCACCCACAUCUUCCCCGGUCUUCAGCUCAACAUACGAGGCAAAGAAAGCUCAGAUCUGCUGUCUAACGAGAGAGGGCAGGUGAGGUUCCUGCAGCACGGCCUGGUGUGGCUGGAUCAUAAUUUUGCAAUCAAGCACAGCUGCAGAAACUUCCUUCAAGUCGGUAUGAGGCUCAAUGGGAGCCAGGAGGAAGAGGGUCAGGACCUCAGUGGAGUUCGGAUCGAGCAGCCAGAUGGGAAGUACUUCCAAGGCGUGAGUGUGAGCAGCGGAGUCGAGGUGGAGCCGAACCACACCUUCACUCUGCUGCUGAGGAGCCCCAAUCAACACUGCAACCAGAGCAAGGAUAUCCACGUCUACGAUGUCAACACUCCCUCCUUCAGCCUGCUCUGGCUGUCACACGAUACUGGCGCUGUAGCCAUGACGGCUCAGAUGUCUCUGUUGGCGCACUACCAAACGAGCUACCGUCCAACUUUCCGCAUGACGUCAGUGUCCGACCCGUAUAUGAUCAUACUUACUCAUGACAACCGUGGUGUGCGCUUCACAGAGAGCGGGGUCGUCAAGUUUGUCUUCCAACAUGCGUUAUACUCCAUGGGCCACACCUGCGUCCGCGAAGGUUUCUCCCUGAUCGCCUACACCAAUCAGAACGGGACCAACCAAGAGGCGAUGCAGGCCUUCAAGACCGGUGUCCACUACAGGGAUACCUCCAUCACCCUCUCUGGAGCUGUGAGCGUGAACAGCCAGGACACACUCAGCUUCGAGAUCCAGUCUCCGUCCCAGUGCAACAUCCGCUACUUCGGAGACAACACCGGGAUCAGUAUGCUGAGUCUGAUCUGGAUUCCUUCAGCAGUGUCAUCAGCCUUGAGCGCAACCGUGUCCAGGACUGGUCUGCCCUCCGGAGCAGUGAGGAAUAAACCUCUGUUAUUCCAGCAGAUCAGCCCGGACACCCCGCAGGUUCACUUGGCCCGCACAGGAGAGCCGAACAGCCGUAAGAACUUUAUAUUCCACGAGAGAGGGAUGGCGAACAUAGCCCUCAACCUGAAGCUGAUACACUCCUGCAAUAUAGUUAAGCUCACUUUGCAGCAGGUGGGGGGUCAGGGUGGGCAGGCGGGUCCUGUGGCUCAGCAGGUGUCUGGAUUUAUGCCUGAAGGAAGCCAGUGGGCCAGUAUCGGGCUGAGGGCCUCUUUGUCAGUGCAGAAUGGCACGGCCGUCUACGUCACUCUGGACUGUAUCAGGGGGCGAGUCAACCAGAUCACUCAGGAGGGCGGCACUAACAUCUCAAUCCUCUGGGUCGCAGUGUGACCCAGGAAAGGAUGAAGCCUUCGCCUCUGACUAUUUACUUUGUAUUAAAAAAAAGACAGUUUUGCACAUUAUUGAAUUGCAGAGCAGAUUCAACAACUUACCAAAAUAAGGACGAAGAAGACGAGGGGGGUGAAAACUGUUCUUCAUCUUGAGCUCCCGUUUUGUUAAUAUUGUUAGAUUUUUACGUUAAAUCUCUGUGGGUAUGAGUUACAUACUGUAAGUACUGAAGUACUUCGGCUGGUUGAGCAGUGACCAAUUCUUUAUGGAAAGUGAGUGUGUGUGUGUGUCUGUAUAUGUGUGUGUUGUACCUAUGAGUGUGUAUCUGAACAUGUAAAGAGGUGCUCUAAUAUGUAUGUAAUUUUGUGUGUACACACAUUGGCAUGCCUACUUUUUUGUAGUGUGAGUCGUACGAUAUGUUUAGUACUGUAUGUUACGAACACUUUUGUAUUUCAUAAUGCAUUUAAAUCACAGUUUGACAUUUUGAGAGACUUUCCUUUGAGAGGUCAAUAAGAAGAUGAAAACCUCUCACUCUGUUAGCUUAGCUUAGAAAGACUAGCCUGUCCUGUUACGAUCAGUUUGUCCUCCACUUUCCAGAUAGAUGAACCUCCACUGGUCCAUUGUUAGCAUAGAUCACCUGUGAAUCUUCAUGUUGAUUGGCUAACAAGCAAUUUUCUUGGAUUCAGAUUUUAUAACUUUUGCGAAUAAGCGAAUGAAGCCAGUAGCGCACCAAUAGGUCACGAAAUUCACUCGUCUACUGACUCGCUCAAUGUGACAUCAAGCCCAGCAACUGGCCUGCUGGUUAGCAUCACAGUUCCUUACAUUUGCAUCAUUUCUGAUGUCGCUGCCUAGUUUGAACCCAUCUCCUUCGACAUCCCUUUUCUUCUUUGCAAAAAUUUCAGUUGGUAUAAUUGCAGCUACAACGCCAAGUUCAGAAGCUUCGCAGACACUGGCGAUCUAAUGAGUGUAGACACCGUAAUGCCAUCUAGUGUUCAUAUGGAGUAUUGGAAAGGAAUGCAAACAGUCCAGUGCUCAAGUAUAUCGUGCUCCCAAUGGCUUACACCCAUAGACUGUAUAUAGAAUGGACGCCGUCUGCCUCCUCGAUGGGUAAAGUCCCUCCCAGAACAGCACCCUCUGGUGACAGGCUGCAGUAUAGGUCAUAAAUCCUGCCUCCGCCAGCCAUCCUUACGGGGCUGUGGACAAACUUCAUAAAAUUAUUACACAGAAUAUACAUUUUUCUCACCCCUGUUCGCGAUGGUGACAUGUAGUUACUGUUAUUAGGGGGUUCAUGUUUUCUAUGAUUGACACUUGAUACAGCCUAUGGGCGUACGAAGAUUGCGUAGCUCACCCGGGGGAUACGCUGUUUGAGCUGAGCGUCAUCACAGCGACUCUCGGCGACUCUCCCGCCAAAUGCGUACAACGCUACUGCGCAGUUAGUUUCAGGAAAUAAAGAAAAAACAUAGAAAUACCGAGACCUUUUCCGCUUCAAAUCCAUAUACAGGCGGGAGGCGGAACCAAGUUGUCCAUAGUAUAUACAGUCUAUGCUUACAUCACUGUGGCAUAGCUCCAACAUAGAGUCGGCGCAUUAUUACAAACCAGGCUUUACCCUAGCUUUGUUUGAAGAUAACAAAAUUCACUUUACAAGCGCUUUGGAAGUAAACAAGAUCAAGACCAGGAGCCUCCUCUACGAUACCAACAUGUCAAAGCAAAUUCUCAUCUACAAGGAAGAACGCUCACCAACAUGAUCAACUAUUUUCAUACAGGUUACACAAAGGUGUUUAACAAAGAAAGCCAUGAUCAUGAGUUUGUGGAUCAUUGGACAAAACCAGGAUAGAUGUUUUUGAACCUACAGUCAUCUUAAGCUGAAGUUGCAAAGAAUGAGGUUUCAUUUCUCUUCAUUGACCGUAAACUCAGAGUAAAAGUUUCCAGGAUGUCAAACUGUUUCUUUGGUGCUCUGAGGAGUUUCUCACACUAAUGUCAUGUUGUCAAUAAGCAGAAGUUGGUAUCUGAUGAUGUUUUUAUGAUAUUUAUUUGGGUUUUAUACAACAAGGCCUUCGCAUUUACACUAUAACAAACAUAUUUGUCAGAUAUAGAUUUGCCGAGUGCUGAGUAAGCAGUGUUUAUAUCCAAGCACAUUCAUUCAUAGCCUUUGUCGUAUGUUUAUUUGCACACAUGUAGUUUCACAUAGUAUUAUACGCCGUGCAAACAUCAUACUGUGUUAUUUUUUCGCCUAAAUGCCAUUUCCCUGUGAAGCUGCUCAUGCGUUUCAAGCCUAAUUGCCUCUGUGUGCGCUCUGUCCUCUAAACAAUUAGGCACAAUUAAGUGUUUCAGGGACUUGGCAUCGGAGCCGCCGGUGAAAUUCUUCGGCUUUAUUUUCCAUUCAUUAUGCUCAGUGAUUCUGUUUUCCUGUGGUUAGACUCCCUGCACAUGACUUGUUGAAUAUCGAUGCAUGCGUUACUGUUCAUCACCAAAUAAAACGUGCAUUUAUUUUUGACGGACGAGUAUUUACACUGAGGUAUGUAAAAGCUUUGUUUGUGUGCUUGCUGAGGAAAAUUCAGAUCAGAUAGAUUAUUUAGAAGUAGGAAUAAAAGAUGUUAAACAGUUUUGUACGGUUUAAUUGAUUUAACGUGAAGCGUUCCUGCACGGCUACAUCAUUCGGCCUCCUUUAUUACAUUAAUUUAAAUAUCUUGACGUUGAUUUCAUGGUGGACUUACUUAUCACGACAAUCAUAUGGACAGCUUUUAUUUCCAUUAAGGGAAAGGGUAAAAGUUUAACACGCAGACAUUACUCAUUCAACAUACUGAACCUAUUUGAAAGCAACCUUAUUCAGCAGCAAAGGUGCCAAAAUUGCAGACAAAAUACCUGGAAAAUCAUCCACUCCAUUUUCCUCUCAAUUGGUCUUAAUCAAGUUGAAAUUAUUUUCCCAUCUAUUUCCUAUAGAGUAGCUGCUUUUUGGAUUAGAAAUAACAAAUAGCCUGUGAGUCAAUGAGAAGGGGAGAAGAAGAAAAAAAAAAAAAAAAAACGUCUGGUUGUGAACAAUCAAAUGUUUCUGUCGGUCGCCUGAAUUGAAAACAGGUGUUCCAGCGGAGCGGCGCUCCAGAUGUCUGACGCUGUAGAUCAAAUAAGACCCACAACACUAGAGGAGCUUCAGAGACAUCAGAGAGAGAAACUGGGACAGAGGAAAAACACAGGAAACAGAAAAAGAGUUUGUCUGUUCAAAACUUUGAACCCCUGUCAAUGUAGAAAAUGUUGAUUAAAGGAGCUUUUAAGGCGAAUAUGACGGGAUGUGAAAGGGCUCACCUGUUGAGCUGAAACCCCAACCUCACCCCUCAGAUUUAGUCUUUCUGUCUGUUAAAAACACCAAACAGAUGAUGAAUUUAUCUAUUUUAAAAAGUUGGUUGAAUCGUGACGACAGUAGCUUUGUUUGCUGCGAUAUCAGAGAGCUAGUUAUCGCUACUUUGCUGAGAGCUCGCCAGUAAAACCAACUUUAAAGGGAUAUUCUGGCGUAAAAUUAAGUUAGGGUCAAACACAACGUAACACCGAGUA